UUAAAUCCUUUCUGCUUACCGGUCUUUCUCCUUGUCAGUCACCGGGCUCUAGCAGUCGUGUCACUUCCUCCUGUUGAGUUUUUUGUUAGUUACAAUGAAACAGAGUAGAUGCCAGUGAUGCUGGAGAUGGGGGGUUUCUAGCGAGCACGGUAGGAGAUGCUGGGGGACACACAUGAUCAAUGAUGGAUCAGAGCGCGGAGACUAUUGAUCAAUUGGUAUCUUUCCAGCAUAUCCAGGUCCAGUUACAAGGAGGGGCUCCUUGGGGGUUCACUUUGAAAGGGGGUCUGGAGCAUGGGGAACCGCUCAUCGUAUCGAAGAUUGAGGAUGGAGGGAAGGCUGCCUUGUCAAAGAAGCUGGGAGUCGGGGACGAGCUGGUGAGCAUCAACAGCUCUGCACUGUACGGCUCGAGACAGGAAGCCCUCGUUCUCAUCAAGGGAUCCUACAGGAUUCUCAAGAUGGUGGUCCGCAGGAGGAACGUUCCAGUGAUCAGGCCUCACUCAUGGCACCUGGCCAAGCUCUCCGAACAUCAGCCUGACAGCCCUGCCAUGCAGUUUCACCCGGGCUCCUUCAGCUUGUCCUGGCACUCUGGGUGUGAAUCUAGUGAUCUUUCAAUGCAGUGGAACCAGCUUUCUCGACAUUGCAGUACAGACCAAAGCAGCUCCAUCGGCAGUAUGGAAAGCCUGGACCCUCCCAGCCAGGGCUACUACGAGGGCCAACUUUCUCCUGUCGACCAGUCCGUCUUCCACAACAAGAGGGACUCUGCCUACAGCUCCUUUUCUGCCAGCUCCAACACCUCAGACUACACUGUCUCUCUGAAGCCUGAUGAGGCCAGCUCCAUGGACAACCUGCAUGGGCUGGGGCCUUGCAGGUACGCUGAAGGGAGGUGCGUUCCCGGUGUCGUUGAGUCUGGUGGACUAUCAGAAGACAGUAAGCCCUGUUGCUUAAGCCAGCACUCGGAGGUAAAGGGGCGUCCGUCCUCUUACAGUUACGGUGAAGACAGCAGCAGCAGUGCUUCAAAAGGUCCUCCUCCACCUCCUAUCCGCAAGGAGAGUUUUAAAGCCACCAGAACUGGACCUGGAUCUGCGGACAAGCGUAGAGCCUCUGAUCCUGUGCACAUGUUGAGUCAGUCCGGUAAUUGGACCUCCGAUACCCUGCUGUCCAACAAGCCAAACUGCAAUCCAGGCUGUUCAAAAGAUGCUAGAAAUCUCCAACAAAACAGCGCUGUUGACCAGUACUACAUGCUGAGCUCACAACUGGAGCAGUGCAAGAGCUGCAGCCCAGAGGCCAUUCCAAAUGAAGGUUACCUUAAUCAGCAUAGCACAGAUGCCUCAAGGCAAAAGAACUGUAGCCCCUGUGUGCCUGAAGAGUUUGGGUGCCUUGGCGGAAAGAGUGAGGCUCUGGGAAAGGAGCUGUCCUCAGAUGGUCCUCUUGUGUCUACGUGUCUUAAGAAAGAGCAUUUGAUGGGACAUCAUGGGCACAGACACAGUGCACCUGAAAAGCUCGUGUCAUCACAGAUGCAAUCUCUUAACCUCUCAAGCCGUCGAGACGAUAGUUUAGAAAAGCCAGCUCCUCAUGAUCCAUACGUGUGGAAAGGGUCCCCUUUGCAUCCCCAAGAAGCAGAGAACCUGACAAGCAAAGAAUUCUCUCACCCUGCAACCAAAGGCUAUAAUGCCAAGUGGGCAGAAAGCCGGUGCUCCACACCUGGAUCAGUCACAGCUUCAGAAAUUGUGAAGCCCAGAGCAGAAGCUGACACCAUAGAUGGUCAUUUGGAUGUUGGAAGCUGCAACAAUCGAACCUGGGGAAGGUGUUUUAGUGUUCCUGGUGAGAUGCCAAAGCCUGUGCCAGAAACCCUUGACCUCAAAAACACAGGCUUGACUUCAGCUUCCAGUGUAGACACUCUACUGGGGGAAGCCAGGACAUAUGAGAAAAGCAAGCCUGAGGUCGCUGCUAAGCCUGCAGCUUCUCGGCAGCACAGGUCUUCCAAAGCCAGGCGUAGAAGUGAACGGUUUGCCACCAACUUGCGCAACGAGAUCCAGCGACAGAAGGCACAACUGCAGAAAAGCAGAGGCUCCUCGACCCUUCUGUAUGGAGAAGAAACAGUGGAGGAGGUGAACGAGCAACCGGAAUAUGAUUCACCUUGUAGUGACAGCUCACCCUCUUCACAAGGGAGGGAAUCGAAAUUAAAUAAAACCACUAGCCCUGCUGAGGUGCACAUUAGCCGACCUGAUGCCAGAAGCCAAGAGGCUAUUUUACAUGAGACCAGGAGCUCUCCUCGGCAUCAGAAAGUACAUCAGAAUACCAGCUGCAGAAGUCCUUCUCCACAGCAGAAAGGUCCUCAGAAUAUCAGCUGCAGAAGUCCUUCUCCACAGCAGACCGGUCCACAGAAUAUCAGCUGCAGAGGUCCUUCUCCACAGUUGAAAUUACCACAGAAUACCAGCUGCAGAAGUCCUUCUCCACAGCAAAUAGGUCCACAGAAUAUCAGCUGCAGAGGUACUUCUCCACAGUUGAAAUUACCACAGAAUACCAGCUGCAGAAGUCCUUCUCCACAGCAGAAAGGUCCACAGAAUAUCAGCUGCAGAAGUCCUUCUCCACAGCAGACAGGUCCACAGAAUGUUAGAUGCAGAAGUCCUUCUCCACAGCAGACAGGUCCACAGAAUAUCAGAUGCAGAAGUCCUUCUCCACAGCAGACAGGUCCACAGAAUAUCAGAUGCAGAAGUUCUUCUCCACAGCAGAAAGGUCCACAGAAUAUCAGCUGCAGAAGUCCUUCUCCACAGCAGACAGGUCCACAGAAUGUUAGAUGCAGAAGUCCUCCACAGCUGAAAUUACCACAGAAUAGCAGAUGCAGGAGUCCUCCCCUACAACAGACAGGUCCACAGAACUUUGGCAGCAGGUUUAGAGAAACCACACAUCGUACUCCUUCCCCAGAAAUUUCAGAGAAGAAAGAAGACCAGACCCACGGUAGAGGUGGAAGAUGGAAGUGGACACCUGAGCACAAGCUACAACCUCAGGUGAAACCAGAGAAGGAAAACCACAGUAGGACCUCAGACAUGGUGAGACCUUCCAAGCCAGCUCCAACCCUGGCUUCCAAAGAGAGCGAUAUCCUGCCCUUUGCAGACAGAAGGAAGUUCUUUGAGGAGACAAGCAAGAGCCUUUCUUCGUCUUAUCUACCAAACCUUCCGGUCAGGCACAAUAAGUCUGAUCUCAGUGGGAAAUACCUGGAAAAACCUAACUGCAAUCCUAACCACUCAUAUUGUCCAGGAGAAAGGAAAUACUCCACAGGACAAACCUACCACAGUCAUGAAGUAUUAAGUGCCUUUCAUCCCACAGAGCUCAGACCUGUGGAACAACAAAUAUGCUGCAACCAAGAUAAGGAUGAAGCAGAUCUGGACCACAGCUGCUGUUACAGGAUCAGGGCUUCUGAGACAGUGGCACACAAACCCAAGGCCUAUUUUGUAAGUGAAGACUGCAGGACGUUGCCCCACAGACAUAGGCAGCCUUGUGAUCACUGUUUACACCCUAGAAACUCGGAUUUUUAUCCCACGCCUGUUGCAGUUUAUGAGGAAUGUGCCUCCCAUCAUGUCUACAACCCGGCAAGGAAGCCUUUGUUUGAGACAUUUCCUGUGGAGGAACAGGAGCAAACAAAAAUCAACAGGAAGGCGAGUCUGACAGAGAGAGACUUCCAGUGCUGCAGGAACAGUUGCCAGCUUGCUGCUCGACAGCCUCAGGACAACUUUGAGAGCAGGUGGAUUCACCACCGGGCCGCAUCAUCUUAUGACCUCUCCCAAGACCAGCACAGCACCAGCUGGACCACCACUCCCCUGGAAGGACACUCAGAAGGCUUUGUCAAGUACCCCCAAAGAGGAAGGGCCUUGUCCGAGAGCAACAUCCGGGUGGACCUGCAGCGGCUGCAACGGCUGCACAUGAGGGAGUUUGGAGGGCCACCGGCGCUGUGCGAGCUGGAGGAGCCUAGGCCUAGGGAGGAGGAGGCUGGCAAGAAGAAGGGACCACCACCUCCCAGGCCGCCACCCCCAAACUGGGAGAAAUACAAGCACAGGAGAGCAUCCCAUAGUGCCCUCUGCAGCUUGCCGACUUCCCAGCGCGCACCGCCACUCGGGUAUAACAGCAGCCCUUCGGAUUCCUCUCCUCCACCCUGCAACCUUGAGACAUCCAGACAGCGCUCGAGAAGCCUCCCUCUGAGAGAUCCGCCAGAGAACUACCUGAGGUGCUUCCACGAGCCACAUGGGCUGCUCCCAGCCAAUCACAGGUCUGCCCUUGUGCCCAAAACCUGCAACCAACUCUGUGGCGCAAGCAGGCAAGACAGCAGCUGCGAGCUUCAUGGUGACCCUGUGCCACCCAGGAUUCCAGACGCACUCGCUGUGCCAGCAGCGGCUGGCUUGCGGUCGAGGAGAUCAGAAACAUCAGUGGACAAAGAAGCAAUCGGGGUGCCAAUGUACACACACCAGAAGGUCAUGUGCCAUGAGAAGAGGUCUGUCUAUGGUAACCUGCUCUGCUUCAGCAUCAAGCCUGAGAAGGGCUCUGAAGGACUGGCUGAGUCCUAUUUUGCCAUGAAUUACGAACAAAACGGAGACCUCUGUAGGAGACCAGAGGAGCUUAAAAAGGCAGCUCCAACAACUACUCGAAGCAUUCUCAUUCAACCUGAAGAAAAUAUUUUAGAAACUAACAUAGACGAAUAUAGACAGGAAGAUACCUUAAGUGAAGAUCUCCCGGCCUGCUAUCAAAGCCCCCAGGAGACUCCAACACACCUUGCUGUGAGUGUUCUAGAGACUGAUAUUGAUACCGUUCCUGAGGAGGGGGAAGAGCCUCCCCAGCUGGAAGUGGUGAAGGCAGCUCUGGUCAACCUGACUCCAGAGGAGCUCCUCAGGGACAUUGUGAGCACAGACAGCUCCCUCGCAGGCAUCCUGGACCCGUGCUCCAGAGUGACAGCCGCAGACCUCAUAGAGGAGAUCUUCCCCAGAAGCGAGGAGAAUAGGCCAGCUGAAAAGAGGAGGAGCAAUCGAAACGUCCUGCAACUGAACGUGGACAUUCAGCCAGAGAGGUGCUCCCCGCUGGCCCCCUCCCCGACACCUGGCCCCUCGGUGAGCCCUACCUCCUGCUCCUCCUACUACAGCAUCUCCGCGGGCAAGGCAGAGCUGCUCAACAGGGUGAAGGAGCUGCCAGGCAUGGAGGAGGAGGAGGAAGAGGAUGAUGAGCUCGCCUUCAAGAAGCAACAGCUGAUUGACAGUUUGAGCAGGAAGCUGUCGGUGCUCCGCGAAGCCCAGCAGAGCCUCCUGGAGGACAUUGGUGCAAACUGCACCCUGGGGGAGGAGGUGGAGAGCCUGGUGCAAACCGUCUGCAAGCCCAACGAGCUGGACAAGUUCUGCAUGUUCAUUGGAGACCUGGAGAAGGUGGUGAGCCUGCUGCUGUCCCUGUCCGGCCGCCUGGCCAGGGUGGAGAACGCUCUGAGCGGCCUAGGCCUCGAGGCCAGCCAUGAUGAGAGGCUGGCCCUGACUGAAAAGAAGAAGCAGCUGUCGGAGCAGCUCGGGGAGGCUCGGGAGCUGAAGGAGCACGUGGACAGGCGGGAGCGCGUGGUGCUGGAGGUGCUGUCCCGAUACCUCACUGAGGAGCAGCUCCAGGACUACCGGCACUUUGUCAAGAUGAAGUCUGGGCUCAUCAUCGAGCAAAGACAGCUGGAGGAAAAGAUCCGGCUGGGGGAGGAGCAGCUGCGGUGCCUGCGUGAGAGCCUGGGCAUGGGCCUUGCACACUGCUGAACAAACUAACUAGAACCUGAGCAUGGGCCUCGCACACUGCUGAACAAACUACCAGGAGC